CGGAGUCUUCACAAGUCAAAGCGAUUUGUAGUUCCAGCAUCUACCUUGGUGACCGCAACUUGCUUGUGUUCCAAGCCUCGAUUCGGACGCACAAUUCAAGUCUUGAUUAUGGCGGGAGAAGUGGAAGGAGAAGGCUGUAGAGUUAGUUGGGGAGUUUUGGUAGCCUUGCUGUUAUUACCGCUGCCGUCAUUAUGUUCCCUGACCGCAGGAAAGCAACUGCAAGUGAUUAAACUCUUUGAAGGAAGGGUGGUUCGGUACAAUGAGUCCAAAAAUUUCUGCUACCAGAGAACAUAUGAACCGAAAUGGAGUGAUGUUUGGACUAAGAUCCAGAUACGUGUAAACAGCACCAAAAUGAUAAGGGUGACCCAAGUGGAAAAUGAAGAGAAACUGAAGGAAAUGGAAACUUUCAACAUGUUUGACUUUUUCUCAUCUUUUCUCAAGGAGAAACUAAAUGAUUCCUUCAUUUAUGUCGAUCUCUACAACAACAAAACUUGUAUAAAAGUGCAUGUAUCAGACACCGACACUUACUAUAGUGUUGCACUUUCCCGAGGAUUUGAUCCCAGGCUCUUCUUUGUGUUCUUAUGUGGCCUUCUGCUUUUCUUUUAUGGUGACACACUGAGCAGAAGCCAAAUCUUCUACUACAGCACAGGGAUCACUGUAGGGAUGUUGGCUUCAAUGCUAAUACUUGUGUUCAUGCUCUCCAAACUGAUGCCGAAGAAAAGCCCCUUUGUUGCAUUACUGCUUGGAGGUUGGUCAGUUUCUAUUUACGUAAUCCAACUGGUCUUCAAAAAUUUGCAGGCAAUCUGCACUGAAUACUGGCAGUAUCUUUUGGGGUAUCUGGGUAUAGUUGGAUUUGUCAGUUUUGCGUUUUGUUACAAAUAUGGGCCCUUGGAGAAUGAACGCAGCAUCAACAUUUUGAACUGGACACUGCAGUUGAUUGGUCUGCUGCUAAUGUACAUCAGUGUGCAGAUACGGCACAUAGCAGUGACUAUGGUAGUCAUUGCGUUUUGUACCAAACAGAUAGAAUAUCCAGUAAGGUGGAUUUACAUACUAUACAGAAAAAUAAAGCUGAAAAGAGGUAAGCCAAGCCCUCCCCGCCUGCUAACAGAAGAGGAAUACAGAAAGCAAGGAGAUGUUGAGACCAGGAAAGCUUUGGAAGAGUUACGAGGAUAUUGUAGUAGUCCAGAUUUUGCUGCAUGGAAAACUGUUUCUCGCAUCCAGUCACCUAAGAGAUUUGCUGAUUUUGUUGAAGGCUCAUCUCACCUGACACCCAAUGAAGUAUCUGUUCAUGAGCAUGAGUAUGGUUUUGGUGGUUCUUUCUUAGAAGAUGAAUUGUUUGGAGAGGACAGUGACGUUGAGGAAGAAAUGGAAAUUGAACCUGUGCUUUAUCAAGAUCUAAGAUAAUGCUUAUAGGAUACGCCUAGCUCUCUUAAUAAUUCAUCACCUGUGAAAAACAAUGGAAAUAGCCAUGCCGCUAAGGCCUGUGAUGGAAAGGCAGCACAUGUGGUCACUGAUACACUGAUAAUUUGGUUUGAUGGCCGAUGAAUGUGAUUCCUAAGAGACAUUAAUGUUAUCAGUUUACUUACUACAGGGCACCUGAAUGGCAAACUAUCUUUUGGAUGCCUGUUGGAAGCUACAUAAGAAAAUACAAAUUCACAAGACAUUUGCAGAAUAACUGAGAAAAACACUCUGUUGGUUAAUGCACAACUUAGAAAAUGCAACUUCCUGUCUGGAAACUUUACCCUUACCUUUUUUUAAACCAAAGAUAUUGCUGAUUUACAACUAUUUGAAAACAAAAUAAUGAUGGACAUCUCCAUCACAGCUGCUCACCCUAAGUGAAGUAUAUAUGCAAAAUGAGUGACAAACUAGUUUGUAUUAAGGAACAUUGUGCUGUACCACCAGCCAAAUACAGCAGCCCUAUGCAACCCUCCUAUCUGGCUGUCUGAUUCUGUCCAAUCCAAUGUCUGGAUUAACAUUUAUACAAAAUCACUGGACCAUGGUGACUUUGCUGAACUUUAUCAUGGGAGAAACAUGUCAGCUGCACAGUAUAACUGACCUGGUGUCUGCCUACAAACUGCAUGCUCAUUUGAGUUCAGUUCCCUUUUCAUGUUGCUUGUUUUAUUUUAUAUUUUUUUUAUAAAAGGUACCUAUGUAAAAAAAAAAAUCUCUAUUUUUAAGUACCAAUAAAAAGAGGAACACAAUCCAAA